AUGUCGUUUGAUAUAGCUUGGGGAGUCGUCAAGUUUGCUAAAGAUCCUCCAGUAACUGGAAAUUCGUAUGUCGCAACUCUGUUGUUGCACGCUGGUGCUGUAGUAUAUGUCAAGACAAACAUUCCACAGCUGAUGAUGACAUGGGAAUCGCACAAUGAAGUGUGGGGUCGAUGCUUGAACCCAUGGAACCGGAAGCUUGGUGCUGGGGGCUCAUCAGGUGGCGAAGGUGCUUUAAUUGCUGCUCGUGGUAGUCCACUAGGUGUAGGCACGGAUAUCGGUGGAUCAGUGAGACUCCCAGCAUCCAUCAACGGCAUCUAUACUGUCAAACCAAGCGCAUUUAGAUUCGCACACGGUGGCUCAAGAGCACCCAUGGUACAAGGUCUUCCUCUGCUCAUUGUCGGCGUGAAUGGUCCAAUGUCGAACUCGUGUGAUGAUCUCGACACGUACGGCAAGAUCUUUUGUACUGGUGGUGGGCCAGAGUGUAAUCUGGAUCCUAAUGUGGUUCCCAUUCCAUGGAGGAAAAUCUCGUUGCCAGUGAAACUGCGAUUCGGAUACUUUGUUGAUAAUGGUUACUGUGCACCCGUCGCACCUGUCUCCAACGCUGUGGAAUCUGCCAUCAACAGCCUACGCAAAGCUGGUCAUGAAAUGAUUCCAUUCCCAAUGUUUAAUGUUGAGAAAGUCAUGGAGUCUGCUAACGCAAUCUUCCAAGGCUACCAAGACCAAAUCUAUGAAAACCUGUACAAGGAUGGAGGAGAAGGUCUCGUACGAAGCAUGGUUGCCGGCUCAUACGUCGACAUGGCAACCAAAGGUCCAGCACCCCAAAUGGUGGCCUCCGAAGUCUGGCAGCACUUCAUACUGAGAGAAGCCACCAAGAUCUACUACACACGGACAUUCAACGACCUGAAACUCGACGGUGUCAUCUCUCCCGUCGUUGCACUCCCAACCGUCCUCCACGACGCGACUGGAUCUGAUCUCACAGGUGGAGCGAUAUCAUAUACUACUGUGUGGAAUUACACUGAUGUGUCGGCAGGUGUUAUACCAUACCACACUGUAACAUCACCGCUAGGAGCUGAUGCACCUAAACCGUUGGGACGUGGAUUCCGUAACAAUAGUGAGAAGCUUACGCAUGAAGCUUAUUCGCAGGAUCCGAUGGCGUAUAAGAAUAGUAAGGUUGGAAUUCAAGUAUCAGGGCUGAGAUAUCAGGAGGAGAAGGUUGUUGCAAUGAUGAGGGUGAUUGACGCCGUGUUGAAGGCUUCGUUAGCCAAGAUGUAA